AUGAUCGUAGUCAAUGAUGGACAAACUAUCAUACAAAAAUAUAUUGAUGAUACUCAUCGACAAAUAGAAGAUUUAACUAUUCCAAUUAUUUUUGGUAAAUUAAUAUGUGAUACGAGUCAAUGGAAUCAAUCACAAUUAUAUUUUCAACACUUAUUCAAUGAUUUACAUGGAGAAGAUUUAGCACAAAUAGAACAUCAUAUUGGUCAAGCUGAUCAUUGGAAAGGGAGAUGGAUUGAAGCACGAAAAUAUUAUCAAUGUGCACUUAAUUGA